UGGUUUUGAUAUUGGUACGCAUGAAAUCAGUGUAGUGCUAAGUGAUAGUGAACCUAUGACGUCAAGACGAAGGGAAAUGUCAAACGAAUGUCAAUAGAGAUAUUUUUUUGCCGGAGUAUAAAUAAUUUAUUUGAAGGAUAUAGUUUUUUUGUUGUGAAAUAGAAAGUUCUCGUGGUUGAUUGUAUUAUAAACUUUCUCAUGGCAGUUAAUUAUCUUUUGAUCCGAAGUAUGUGAUAUCAGAAAGUUUAAUAGUUUCCUGGUCGUUUAAUUGUUAAGAGAUAUUGUCGGUGCAAGGCCCAAAGAUGCCACCGAUGCGAAGCAAAUCGAACGAAGGUAUAUCGAACUACCAAUUGCAGAAAUACGAGCUUAUUAUCGGGUCGACGAAGUCGACGGACAAACCGGUGAAGAUAUUCAAAAGCGCUAACCAUUCGAACAGCGUACUGCAAAACAUGAACCUUCUACGUAAGAACAACAAGUUCUGCGAUGUUGAAAUUGUCGCUGGUGACAAUGUCAUUAAGGCGCACCGUUCUGUCCUUUCAGCGAGCAGCCCGUACUUUCAGGCCAUGUUCUCGACUGGGCUGAUAGAGGAAGAGAAAGACAGAAUUGAAAUCCAUUACGUCGAACCGAAAAUCCUUACACUCAUCGUAGACUUUAUAUAUACAGGUGAGUUGAGUUUAUGCCAAGAGAACGUUCAAGAUCUUAUAAUUGCGGGAGACAUGUUGGAGCUGAAAGAAGUGGUCAACGGUUGCACAGAAUUCUUGAGAAAUGAACUUCACAUUUCAAACGCUGUUGGGAUUUAUCGAUUUGCCGAAGACCACAACUGUUUAAACUUGGCGAAAUCCGCUGCAAUAUUUAUUGAAAAUAAUUUCCCGAGUAUAGUGUUCGAGGAGGAAUUUUGCGAACUGCCUAAGAAUCAUCUUUUAAGAUUUUUGGACAGCGAAUUACUAAAAGUUGACAGCGAAUAUCAGGUAUUCCAAGCAGUACUCAGUUGGAUUAGUUACGAUUUGCCCUCAAGAAAGAGAUACGUGUUUGAACUUCUUACUCACGUCCGUUUACCUUUGAUAUCAGCGUCUUUACUAGACAGAUCGAUAGCGGAAGUGCCUGAUGCCAGCCUAAAGGUUGCGCUAAGAUCGGUAAGAAAAGAUUUGAUAUCAAAAAAAGGAAAUCUUGUCCCUUUGAUAGCAUAUCCAAGGCUAUGCGCAAAAAAGACAAUAUUUAUUAUUGGAGGGGAGAAAAGAGAAUUGCUCAGCUCUUGGACUCGUUCUUUGGAAUGCACUUACGAUACAAUCGAAAGAUUUGACUGUUUCACAGGAGAAUGGUAUGCGGGAAUAGAACCAAUGGAAACGGGAAGAAUCUUACCAGGAGCUGCUGCUUUGAAUGGAAAAAUUUAUGUUGUUGGUGGAGAACACGAAUGUGAAAUUUUAGCUGAUGGUGCUGUUUACGACCCAUUAACUAAUACCUGGUCUAAAAUAGCUAGUAUGGUGGAAGCAAGAUGUGAAUUUGGACUGUGUGCAGUUGAUGGGGAUUUGUAUGCACUUGGAGGAUGGGUAGGCUCUGACAUUGGAGGAACAAUUGAGAGAUAUGACAUGGUGUUGGAUGAAUGGCAUUUAGAAGGUUCACUUCCAGAACCGAGAUUCAGUAUGGGUGUCGUUUCUUAUGAAGGAAACAUAUACAUCGUAGGAGGAUGCACUCAUAAUCAAAGACACGUCCAAGAUUUUAUAAAACUUGAUCCAUCGACUGGAAAGUGUAGCUCUUUAGCUCCAAUGCUUGAACCUAGAUCACAGAUUGGUGUUGCUGUCUUAGAUGGCUAUUUAUAUGUCGUGGGUGGUACAAACAAAGACAACGAUGUCCUAAGAACAGUUGAAAGAUAUUCUUUUGAACAGAAUAAAUGGAGCCCAGUUGGUACGCUUAAAAUGGGCAGAGCCAGUCCUGCCGUAGCAGCUGCAGGUGGCUACUUAUAUGUACUCGGAGGUGACCAAACGCAUGAAAUAAAUUUCUACCGGGCUCAAGUCACAAUGUCAUCCGUUGAACGUUACGACCCUGUUAGAAACGUUUGGGAGGAAUCUGUCCCCCUGCGAGACAGCAGGAGCGAAGCGGCCGCUGUCGUUCUUUAACAAUAAAUCUGUCUUGCCUGACAAGCGAAUCUUUAAACCAACAUCAAUUCCCUAUGAAAACAUAUCAAUUAAAACAAAUUUAAAAAAAGUUUUCAAUAUCAGGAAUUUCUAAAAAGUUUCGAAUGUGGAGUGAUUAUG